AUGUUCAGAAAACUGAAGGAUAAAAUUGCCGAAGAAGUCAAACAGUCGCCGCAACGGUUCGAACAAAUAUCGAAAGGAUUGCAGGCUGCUGUUAGCUCUGCAUCCUCAACUACCUCCGAAGUUUCGGGCAGCGAGAAUUUUUUCAGCAUCACAGAGGAUGAUACGCCUCAAAAUUCUCCCCAAAAGGGAAACUCGAGCACUCCUGUACAGCCAAAUAGCACCUUGGCCAACACAUCGGGCAGCAGCUCUGUACCAUCGAACACAAGCCUUAAUAAUGGUGUGUCCUCGUCAACAACGGCCACAAGCCCAGGUUCAGCAACCGGUAACAGUUCCGCUGGUUCUACAUCUCAACAGCAGCGUACACGCCGUCUGUCGAACUCGUCGAUGGCAAGCGAUGUAUCGUUCCGUCUUCCAGUAUACGACUCACCCGCAAUCUAUCAUCUCGAAACGGAUGUGGACAUAUCGGCGAGUGAGACAGAAUCGGUGUCCGGAAGCGCUAACGCCAACCAGCUAGACCUGGUGAGCAAGGACAAGCUUUUCCAGGCUUACAAAAAAGCACUAGAUCGGUAUCAAAAGUAUCGGGAAAGAUACACCGAGCUGGCCCGUCGCUACCGUGAGCUUGAAAAAGAUAACACCAAGGCUCGAGCGGUGCUGGUCGAAACACAAGAUAAAGCACUGCGCCGUAUGAGUGAAUUACGGGAGCAAUGUGUACUAGAGCAGCAGGCCAAGGCGCAUCUCGAUUCUGCGCUAAGGAUGGAAAUUGAUGAACUUCAGUGUGUGGUGAAGACACUCCGUUCGAAGCUGGAACUGGUCGGUGAGAAUGGGAAUAUUAGCGGCGGGGAAAAGGAUCUCAUCUCGCUCUCGGGUGAAGACGGAACCAAUGGGAACAAUGGACAUGUACCAGUGCGCGAUACUGGCCCACUGGAGGACCGAAUAAAGGCUCUUGAAUCGAAACUCAACGACGAGCUGCGUCAGAAAGCCGUACUGAGCCUGGAAGUAAGUGAGCUAAAGAAACGGGAGGAAGAACACACGAUCACAAUAGCGGAAAAUAAGAUGGCAAUUCAUUCCGAGCUGGAAGCGAAGGAGGCUGAAGUGCGGAAACUGAAAGAGCAGCUAGCAAGCUUGGAGAAGAACAUGAAGCAGACGCUGCUCGAGAAAGACGGCCUUGGAAAGGAGCUGUCCGACGUGCGCAAGGUUGCCGGCAAGGUAAAGGAGCUCGAAAGUACGCUCAGUACGUGCAACGAGCAGAAAAAUAAACUUGAGUCAAAGUUUAUUGAUUUCGAGCGUACGAUUAUGGAGCUGGAGAAAGAUAAACAACAGUUGAAGGCAACCAACCUAACGCUGGACUAUGAAAAGGGCGAGCUGCAAAAGAAAGGAACAGACUUCGAAACGAAGCUGUCGACGUUGGAAAAAGAAAAGGAAGGUUUACUGGUGCAAGUGCAAGAGUUGCAAAAAACGGCCCAAUCGUUGGACAAAAAGGCUGAGAUUGACACGCUAAAGCAGGAGCUGGAAGAGGCCAAAAAACGUGAGACAGAAUCCAACGUGAAGGUUACUACGGUCCAAAAGCGUUUAAUCGAAAAGGAAACUGAACUGUUCGAAACUAAAUCCUCCCAGGAGUCCCUGGAGCGGCAGGUAAAACUCACCGAAGAACGUUUGGCUGAACGGGAAAAGGAAAUCGAACGGUUGAAGAAGCAACAAACAGAGCAGAACGGUAAGGAGCGUGAAGAAAGCGCGAAAAAACUGCAAACAGCGGAAGAAGAACUUGCUGCUUUCCGCAAAACGCAGUCCAUCGAUCAGGAGAAGCUAUUCGAACUGACGAAAGCGUUGGAUGCAGCGAAAGAACUUCACGAUCGCGAUCGUAAAAGCAACGAAACCGGUCUGAAGGAGUUGGUCGAGCGCAAUAACGAACUAUCCGAACAACUGGAACAAUUGCAGGAGAAACUGGAGAAGAUGAGUGCUAAGCAGAAGAAGCAGACCGAGGAGAAGAAUGGUUUGCGAGCUACAAACGAUGAGCUUUCGAAGGAUUUGAAGCAGGUUCGACAGGAGCUGAAACAACUUACCGCUCAAAAGCAAACGCUUGCCGAGGAAGUUCGCAAUCUGAAAAUAAUCAAUGAAAAUUCCGAAUCGGAAGCACUCCGUUCAUUGCAAGAAUCAAUGCGUGCUUCAAUGGCUGCGGCGGACACGAAGCUGCUAGAAACGACGCGUGACUUAAAUCACGUUCUUGAGCUGAAAUCGGACGAAAACCGAAGGCUCGGUGAAGAACGGGAUGAACUGGUGGAGAAACUAGAGACAGCUCACAAGGAGAAAACGGAUCAUGAGGCGGAGGGUACCAACUUGCGGUCAAAGAUUGAAACCAUCCGUGGGGAGAAGCGUGAUCUAGAGAAAACGCUUGAGCGUGAGAUUCGAGAGAAGACAGAGUUGAAGGCACAGGUCGAAAACAUUUUGCAGGAGAUCGGUCGACUAGAAGAGCAAUUAAAGGACAUCAAGGAGUCACAUUCCAAACUGCAGGAGGAAAAACAGACGCUAGAAGAGAAAAUCGAACGGUUGCAGCGGGAGCACUGCGAAUCACGGGUGAAGCUAGAGAAAGAUACGCUUGGCAAGCUGCAAACGAAGGUGAAAGACCACGAGACAAAGCUCCAGCAGGUGGAGUGUGAAAAUUCUCAACUGGCUGAGAAAAACUGCUUGCUCGAGGAAAGUAGUCGCCGGACGGGCGAGGAGCUGAAAAAGCUAACUGCGGCAUUACGCGAAGCGGAAGGACGUGUUCAGGAGGAAAAGGAUAAAAGUGGCAGGCUGGAGGAACAGCUCAGUCAGUGUACCGGUGAUCAUGCACGGCUGUUCAACGAAAAGGAGCUGCUGGACCAUCAGCAUCGUUCGCUGCAGGACGCACUGGAAGAUCGGGAAAAGGAGAAACUGUGCGUGCUUGAUACGAACAAAUGUCUCGAGGACGAACUGACAAAGGUGCGCAGCGAGAACGACUACCUCAAGGGGAAGCACAACGAGCUGAAGGCUCUGCUGGAGAGUGACAAACGAAGACUGAUGGACCAGAACGAUGCACUGCAGCGACAGAUGGAGGAACUGGCCAAGGAAAAACAGUCGCUCGGACGGAACGCGACCGAUCUCGAGAAGCGACUUGCUAGCUACGAAGAGGUUAAGAUCGAGAAUGAAUAUCUAAACACUUUCAACAAACAACUGCAAGGAGAGCUGCAGGAAGCUAAGGGACGUUUGACUACGAAAGAAAGCGAACUGGCUGCGAUACGCACGAAACAAUCCCAGACGGAAACGAUGCUGGAAGAACGAGAUCAGGAAAUCACGAAGCUCAUCAAUGAGUUUGUAGCGAAGGAAAAGAAACAAGAGACGGACCAGCAACAGCGGCUUGAAGAGGUAGAACAACGACACCGAUCGGAGCUAGAUGUUUUAACUGAUCGCGUACGAGGAGAGUGCGACAAAGGCUUUGCAGACGAGCGAAAAACUCUAAAGGAAGAACAAAACGCUUUAGAGCAACAAUUGCAGGAGGCGCACAAGAAAAAGGACACGUUAGAACAGCAGCUAGAAGAGUUGCGUCAGAAAGGGGACGUAGAAAAAGAGCUGCGAUUGGAGAACGAAAAUUUUGCCCGGGAUCUUGACGAGCUGAAGAACGAACUGAACGCAGCGAUCGUAGAAAAGCUUGGACAGGUGAAAGAACACGAGCAGGCUCAACAGAUGCUACAAGCCGAAAAACAGCUUCUUGAGGCGGACAACGAACAGUUGCGUACCCGUUUGGCAGAAUUUACCACCGAAACGGAGCAAAAUAUUCGGCGGUUCGAGGCAGAAAUUGAACAAUUAAAACGGGACGCAUCAAUGCCCUCUGCAGGAACGAACGCUGAGGAGGUUACAGAUAACGCCAGCGCAGCAGUGUCUGCUGAGCUUCAACAGUCGCACGAUGAGUUACGGAAUAAAAAGGAAGAACUCGAAAAUAAGUUAAAAAAGAUAAUGCACGAGGUACAGGACGUCUCGAAUAGGAAUCUGUUCCUGGAACAGAAGUGUGAAAAUUAUCUAAUUCUUGAACAGUCGAACGAGCGGUUGAAACUUGCGAACGAUAAACUUUCCCGGCAGCUGGAUGAAACAUUGGUUUCCAUGCAUCACAAUGAAGGAAUUGCCGCUAAUACCGAGUUCGAGUACUUAAGAAACAUUCUAUUCCAGUAUCUCAGUGGAAGCGUUACUGGAAACAACAGCACCCUCGUGAAGGUGAUAGCGGCUGUCCUGAAGUUUUCACCGCAACAAACGCAGGUUGUCAUAGAGAAAGAGGCCCAUCGGAGAUCAUUGAUGGGUCAGAUAAACAAUCUACUAUAG